AUGCGGAGCGACCCCAAGAGGAUAACCCGCGCCGUGUUCGAGACGUCCGAGACCCCCAAAGCCACUCUUAACUAUGUGCCCGUGCUCGAAGGACUCGACGGCAGCACCUUGUCCUGGUCGGCUCACAACCCGUACGGAGUUCCGAUCCUGGACGUCGAAGGCCGAGGCUCCAUCACGUACAAUCUCGAGGAUAGUGUCAAUACCCUCGCUAUGACCGAAGGGAGUGAGGCGCUAACACAUCGACCGCAUCCGCCGGGGCCUCUGCAGCGACUACUACGGUCGUGGCUCGUACUGCGAUGGAAGCUCUCGCGGAAUAUUUUUUCAGUCACAGUGCCGCUGCUGACGUCGACGACCGGUCUAAAGCUCGGAGACUUGAUGGUAACUCUACCAAUUGUAGCGGGCAUUGUCAUCUACUCAGCUUUACAGACCAAGGUUCGAGACGUUGCAGCCACCGGAACGCCGCCUUCUAUCGCGUUAGCCGUCGUCUUUGGCUGCGCAGUGAGAAACAAUUCGCUGUUGCUGAUGUGUACCGGGAUUCCCUUCGAGCGAGCGCUGUUCUACCACAAGUUUGCAGCUUUUGUCACGAUUAUAUUGGCGGGUUUACAUGGGUUUGCGUUUGUGCUGCGUCUACGCAGAGGCGAGCAGAGUUUAGAUGAUCCAGAGGUGGUUACGGGUUUCGGUGCGUUCUUCGGACUCGUGUUGAUGUAUUUCCUGUCGCUGAGCUGUAUCCGACGCAAGUUUUUCGAGUUCUUCAUUCGAGUUCACUGGGUGCUCUUCAUCGUGGUGGUGGUGUUUGCGGUUCUACAUGGCGCAGGGAUCGUCGUGGCGGGGGUAGCCCCCUGGGCCAUUGACAUGGUGUAUCGACUGUUCUUCCGGUCUCGAGUCUACGCACACGGAUCGUGUAACAGGCAGACGAAAGGCGUCAUUGCGCGUGAUCAGCUCUCCAUCUGCGCUCUACCGGGGAAUAUCACCCGUAUUCAGUUCCCACGAGUACAUCAGGAGACCGGCGAGACGUUCGAGUACGAAGCGGGACAGUACGCGUUCCUGUGUAUCCCGUCCAUCUCGCACUUGCAGUGGCAUCCCUUCACUAUCGCGUCUUCUCCGCACGAAGUCAUGGUGACGUUCUACAUCAAGGCACUGGGAGAUUGGACGACUAAGUUAUUGACUGCAGCACUCAAGCGCGAAGCCAGCGCCAUGAGACUCGACGGUCCGUCGACUUUUGAUCUGCUUGUUGACGGUCCGUACGGCAAACUCUCGCUCGACAUCUCAACGCCGACGGUUUACUCUCACUUGGUUUUCUUUUCCGGUGGAAUUGGCAUGACGCCCAUGCGCUCGAUCGUCAACUGGCUGCACCACGAGUGCUACUACCGCAACCGCGGCGUAAUCCCUCAUGUGAGGUUCAUCUGGUCUGUGAAAGACAUCGAGAUGGUCGCGAGUCUGCUGGCGCGUGAGGAACCGAGGCGAGAUAGCUGCUUGGAGGUGGACGAAGUGGCGUCGUAUUUCCCCCAUAUCCUGGCUCACCCGCGAAACACCAACUCUCCCACGGACGCCUUUGUCAGUGAAGUGUAUCUAACGCGGGACAUGUUGGACGAAGAAGCCCAAGACCUCCCGGAGCUGGUGAACUGCCUGCAUAGCGGAUCCCGGCCGGACAUCAUCGCGAUUCUCCGCGAAAUGGGCGAGGAAGCCAAGAACGGCGGCAAAGACCGCGUAGCUGUGCUCGUUUGUGGCCCGGAAGCGUUGGUGAAUGACGUUCAAUAUGCGUGCGCAAAGCUGGGUCGGCAGCUGAAGGUCCAUUACGAUGUACACAGCGAAACAUUUGAGCUGUAG